AUGAAUUGGACAAAAACAGCCUACGACGAGGAAAAAAUGGAGAAGGUUGUAGAAAUUUAUUGUAAAUACAUGUUAAUGUACCUGAGAGGCUGCGGAGCUAACGUACUCUGGCGAAACACGCAAUGUGACGUCACACAGGAGGAAUACAAUCAGAUGAUUAUCAACCAAACUGGUGGUGUUAUUUUUCUGCUGUCUAAAUUCAUGGAGUUAUUCAGUAGCACCAAGAUUGAUUUGGACUAUUUUGUAAACAUUUUCUCAAUUUAUUAUCAGAUUCGAGACGAAUAUGUUAACCUCAAGAAACCAGAGGCUGUAGAAGAGGGGGAGCGUAUUACAGAGUGGAAGGAUCUCCCCAAAGUAUCGUUUUGCGAAGAUUUCUCUGAGGGCAAGAUAAGUACGCCCGUCCUACAGGCGCUGAACAGCCGACAUCGCGAUGUCAUUUUGGGUAUCUUGAAAAUGCGGACCCGCGACAUCAAGACCAAGGAGUACCUGCUGUCGUUAGUGGAGGAGGGCGGCGGUAUACAGAAGACCAGGGAGCUGAUGCACCAGCUGGAAACUGAAAUGUUCACUGAGAUUGAGCGUCUUGGCGGCAACCCGAUGUUAAUGGAUUUAAUUCGUGAUCUACAAACUUGGGAUGAACGUACUAUGUAG